CGCAGCGCUCGCCGACUGCACUCUCUCCCAGCCUCAAGGACUGCGGGGCUGCCUCGCUGCCUCCCCUGCCCGCCGCUGGCAGCAGCAACCCCCGAAGUUGGGAUGCUUUUCUUCACCCAGUGCUUUGGGGCUGUCUUAGAUCUCAUUCACCUGCGGUUUCAACACUACAAAGCGAAGAGGGUUUUCUCAGCCGCCGGGCAGCUCGUCUGCGUCGUCAACCCAACGCACAGCCUGAAGUAUGCACCAACCCGUUGUGCAGUUGCACAGACAUCCACGGAGCAAGGCAGCCUUCCUCCCUGCCAUCACCAUGAAGCAGUGCACGACCCCCAGCUGGUUCCCUGCAUGUGUCCUCUCUUCUCCUGCCCAUGGGAAGGGCACCUGGAGGUGGUGGUGUCCCACCUGAGGCAAACUCACCGCAUCAACAUCCUUCAGGGGGCAGAGAUUGUCUUCCUGGCCACGGACAUGCACCUGCCCGCACCCACGGACUGGAUCAUCAUGCACUCUUGCCUUGGCCACCAGUUUUUGCUGGUUCUCAGGAAGCAGGAGAAGUACAAAGGUCACCCCCAGUUCUUUGCCACCAUGAUGCUGAUCGGCACGCAAACCCAGGCUGACAACUUCACCUAUCGGCUCGAGCUCAACAGGAACCAGAGGCGCCUCAAGUGGGAGGCAACUCCGAGGUCGGUGCUGGAGUGCGUAGACUCUAUCAUUUCAGAUGGGGACUGCCUUGUUCUGAACACUUCCCUGGCUCAGCUCUUUGCUGAUAAUGGGAGCCUAGCAAUAGGAAUUGCAAUAACCACCAGCAAAGUUCACAACAGUGAAGCUGAAAUCUGAGGGAGAAGAGGAAGAGAAGGAGGAGGAGGAAUAAUGGUGCUCUAGCUGCUUUGUGAGAGCCAGAACUUGCAGACUUUUUGGGGGGGUCUCAGGUCUUUUAUGGUAUUUAGUACUGGUCCACAGUGGGCAUUAUGUAAAC